GUGUUUGUGGAACCUGCAGGAUCUGCUUUUAUUUCUCUGAACGGGAUAUGAUGUGCAACUGUGAGCGAGAGAUGCACGAGCUCUCUUAACCACAGCAGUGAUACAAUGGGGAAACUUCACUCAAAACAUGCUAGCAGACGUCGGGAAAGUCCUGAGGGGGACAGUUUUGUUGUGAAUGGCUUUAUUUCAAGAAGAGGAGCUGAAGAAGGCGAGAGAUACGACACAAAUCUUAAAGAUUACAAGGAGCUCAAGGACAGACAGAGUCAGGUCCAGCGCUGCCCUCUACAGGUGGUUUUGCCUCCAGAAAAGGCUGAAGGAUGUGAGAGUUUUCUUCCGUCUGAAGAUGCAAAGGAAACCUGCAAAGGAAAGAAACGCAUCAGUCUAGAUGGUCUGGAGUGUAACGUGUCUCUGGUUGAUGAGAACAGGCAGGAGUGGGUCUUCACGCUCUACGACUUCGACAACAGCGGAAGAGUCACAAAGGAGGACAUGUCCAGUUUGAUGCACACUAUCUAUGAUGUGGUGGACUCCUCCGUCAAUCACUCGAGUAACCGCAAACAGAAGAUCCUCCGAGUGAAGCUGACGGUGACUCCUGAACCUGGAGCUCGCCGGAGAGACACGACACACACCACGACCGACAGAGACGUGAAUCGUCUGAGUCACAUUGAGUCGGUUCACGAGAGGAAUCACUACUGUGUGGACGAGAACACAGAGAGACGAAACCAUUACCUGGAUCUGGCGGGAAUAGAGAACUACAGCUCCAGAUUCGACAGUUCCUCUCCUCCUGUGGCUCCUCAAGAGCAGCCGUCACGGUCUUCACACGCCCAGAACCGUUCCCGUUCCCAUCAGCCUGAGACACACACCCAUCUGCGGCGCUCUCAGGUCCUCACCGACCCCUGCGUGACCCCGGGUCCCCGUGUGCGCGCCGGGCCCCAGUCCAUCAGGUCCCCAAAGGCCACAUUCAAAGGCAGCCAGUCUGUGGCCAAAGCCAGCCAGUGUCACAGCUACUAUCCGCCUGUGCCGGGUGUUUCCUUCUCAGCGGGUCAGAACAUGUACCAUCGACCCCAUCAGAACCAGCCUCAGCCCUCAGCGGGUCACCAACACAGUCACAGCCAGAGAAUGAGAGCCAGAGCCAGAGAACAGGCGCUGUCGCCCGCAAAACACACCCAACAACAACAGCCCUCGCCCGACCGCGAGCAGAACGCCGGGUUUGUGCUUCCUGUGGUCCAGCGACACGAACACCAUCACCAUCACGAGCACCAUCACCAUCACCACUACCAUCACUACCAUCAGACAUGACU